AUGGUGGGCGCCACUCCCGCCCACAGCCCCGUCAGCCUGCGGGAGCUGCUGCUGGCCGGGGCGGAGGGGGGCGGCGGCGGCGGCAGCCCCACCCCCACCUCCCCCACCCCCACCCCCACGCCGGGUCCCGGGGCGGCGGGCCCGGCGGAGGAGGAGGAGGUGUGCGUGGUGGGCGUCUUCGGCAAGACGGCCUUGCAGCUCUGCUCCGAGAAGGCGGGCCUGGUGAACACGGUCUGCGACCGGCAGGUGUUCCCCCUCUUCCAGCGGGAGGUGGAGGCCCGGGCGGCGGGCGGGGCGGGCGUGGAGCUGGCCGCUGACUCCCCGUCGCCUUCCUCCUCCUCUUCCUCCUCCUCCUCCUCUUCUUCCUCCUCUUCCUCUUUGCAGGGGGAUUACAACCUCCUGCAAGCCUACUACAGCCCGGAGUGCAAGGUGCUGUACCUGGUGCUCACCUCCAUCUGCGACAGCCGCCAGCUGCUGCAGGCCUGCCGGGACCUCGACGCCCUGGGGGACGGCCGGGGCCCCGGCGGCCUGGGGGCUCGCCCGGCCCCGGGCGGCACCCUGCCCCACGCGGAGGCCCACGAGUUCUGGAAGCACCAGGAGAAGCUGCACUGCCUCAGCCUGCUCUACCUCUUCUCCGUCUGCCACGUCCUGCUGAUGGUCCACCCCACCUGCUCCUUCGACAUCACCUACGACCGGGUCUUCCGGGCUCUGGACGGGCUGCGGCAGAAGGUGCUGCCCUCCCUGAAGGCCGCCAUCAAGGACUGCCCCGUCGGCAAGGACUGGAAGCUCAACUGCCGCCCUUGCCCGCCCCGCCUCCUCUUUCUCUUCCAGCUCAACGGGGCCCUCAAAGUGGAGCCCCCUCCGGGCAGGGGGCAGGAGCUCUGCGGGCACCUGGAGAAGCCGCCUCCGAAGAAGCAUUCGCCCAAACGGAGGCUCCAACACGCCCUGGAGGACCAGAUCUACCGCAUCUUCCGCAAGAGCCGGGUGCUGACCAACCAGAGCAUCAACUGCCUCUUCACCGUCCCGGCCAACCAGGCGUUCGUCUACAUCGUGACGGGCGGCUCCCAGGAGGGCGACGACCCCAUCGCCGUCUUGCUGGACCAGCUCCGCAGCAACUGCACGACCCGGGAGGCGGAGUCCGUGCUGGGUCCCUCCUUGGCCGGGCCCAGGAGGUACCAGAUGAUGCGGCACGGGCGCCAGCAGCUCUCUUUCCACGUGGAGAGCAGCAGCUCCGCUUCUUCAGGCCAGCUGGUGGACUGCACCUUGAAGGAGUUCCUUUUCCAGCACGUGGAGCUCGUCCUCGGCAAGAAGGGCUUCGACGACAGCGUGGGCAGGAACCCCCAGCCGUCCCACUUUGAACUGCCGACUUACCAGAAGUGGGUGGCCACGGCCCUGAAGCUGUAUGAAGUAGCCAUCGAAGGCAAAGACAGCGACCCGUCUUCUCUCGCUGGGGAGCUGACUUCCAAGAUUUUGGGCAGCAUCAAAGUCUUGGAAGGCUACUUGGACAUUGACACCAAGUUCUCGGAGAACCGCUGCCAGAAGGCCUUGCCGAUGGCCCACAGCGCGUACCAGUCCAAUCUGCCGCAUAACUACACCAUGACGGUGCAUAAGAACCAGCUGGCUCAGGCCCUGCGGGUGUACAGCCAGCACGCGCGGGGACCGGCUUUUCACAAGUACGCCCUGCAGCUGCAUGAAGACUGCUACAAGUUUUGGAGCAACGGACACCAGCUGUGUGAAGAGAGGAGUCUGACGGACCAGCACUGCGUGCACAAGUUUCACUUGCUGCCCAAAUCGGGAGAAAAACCUGAACCAGAUCGGAAUCCACCAGUGUUAUACCACAACAGCCGAGCUCGUUCCACUGGCGCCUGCAAUUGUGGGAGGAAACAGGCGCCCAGAGAUGAUCCCUUUGACAUCAAAGCGGCAAAUUAUGAUUUCUACCAGCUACUGGAAGAGAAAUGUUGUGGGAAACUGGACCACAUCAGCUUCCCCGUAUUUCAGCCAAGCACGCCAGACCCAGCACCUGCCAAGAACGAGUCUUCAGCCAGCCCUUCAGAAGGGGAAGCAGAAAAACUGAAGGAGAAGGAACCACAAACUCAGGGCGAAAGCACCAGUCUGAGCUUAGCUCUCAGCUUGGGUCAGUCCACAGAUAGUUUGGGUACCUACCCUGCAGAUCCACAAGGCGGAGGGGACACCACCGAGGCGCAUGGGCAAGCCACAGAAUCCAAAGGUGAAAAGAGGCCAAGCUUGGUAGACCGUCAGGCAUCCACAGUGGAGUAUCUCCCUGGCAUGCUCCAUUCGAAUUGCCCAAAGGGCCUCCUGCCCAAAUUUUCCAGCUGGUCGCUAGUGAAACUCGGCCCUGCCAAAGCUUACAACUUCCACACUGGCUUGGACCAACAGGGCUUCAUCCUGGGGACAAACUACUUGAUGCCUUGGGACAUUGUUAUCAGGACAAGGACCGAAGAGGAGGGCGACCUGGAUACAAAUUCCUGGCCGGCCCCUAACAAGGCCAUUCCCGGGAAGAGAAGUGCGGUCGUCAUGGGGAGAGGAAGGCGUCGAGAUGAUGUGGCCCGUGCCUUUGUGGGGUUUGAGUACGAAGACGCCCGUGGCCGAAGGUUCAUGUGUUCUGGGCCGGAGAAAGUCAUGAAGGUGAUGGGAGGGGGACCCAAAGAAUCGGCCAUCAAAGCUCUCAACUCCGAUAUGCCUUUGUACAUCUUGUCAUCCAACCCGGGGCGAGGACUGAAGCCGCACUAUGCUCAGCUGAUGAGACUUUUUGUCGUGGUUCCUGAUGCCCCUCUCCAGAUAAUACUGACGCCUCAGGUCCAGCCAGGGCCACCUCCUUGCCCUAUAUUUUACCCCGAGAAGCAAGAGAUAACUCUUCCUCCUGACGGACUGUGGGUCCUUAGAUUUCCUUACGCUUAUGUGACAGAACGGGGGCCCUGCUUUCCUCCGAAAGAAAACCAGCAGUUGAUGAGUUACAAGCUUAUUCGAGGAGUACUGAAGGCCGUGGUACAGUAGGAGCCGUUGGACCUCAAAGACUGAAAUGACGUUGGAAGUUAUUUUUUUCUUUUC